AUGGCGGAGCUUAGAUUUCGGGGGUUGGACGAGUCUAUACGGACCCCCGAAGUCCGAGAAGCAAUUGCCAGAAAUGGCAAUUGCGAGGAAGUCGACGUACACACCGGGGAAAUAAAAAAAACCCCCGGUGGUAUGGGAAUCGUGUGGGUUCGCUGUCCACUAAGGGCAGCAAACCUGAUCAUGAAAACAGGGACGGUGAAGAUAGGAUGGGCGAUUGCGCGCGCGGAACUGCUGGAGGCCAGACCCCUCCAGUGCUACAAGUGCCUGGAGAGGGGCCACGUGCGCGCGCGAUGCCCCAACAACACGACCGCAGCGGUAGAUGCUACCGCUGCAGCACGGAGGGACACACAGCGAGGAACUGCGUAG